CCACCUUGUGAUGGAUGUGUCAAUCAAAAUGACUUUCCUAUAUUUUUUACCUUUUACAAGUAGUACAAGAGAGUGAAAUCGUUCUUCAUGGAAUAAUUGAGAGGAAAUGGACAUGGAAAUUGACCAAAGAACAGACGUGUCAGGUCGGGGCUUUGAGAGGCCAACAACAGAUUCUCAUGUAGUGAUUUUACACGAAAAACUGAUCAAAAGAAAAACCGAUAGAUACAUUAUAAAUAUUGGUCUAGCAUAUGAGAAAAUUGGAUAUAAAGUCACCAUGUUGACUUCGCAAUAUGAUAAAGAUGACUGUGUGGCUGAUAUUAUGUUUUCAGAUAGAAUCCACAUCAUGUACUCAGGCUGGUGGAUGCCCAGAAGUAUUUUAGGGCUAUUCCGAAACAACAUGUCAGCCUUCAAGGCUGCCUGGAUGGCUUUCAGGCUGAUAUUCUGCCCUCCUCAACCUAUACCAGAGCUGGUGGUCUUGGACGUAAGCCUUUGCGCUUUAUACUUCCUGAAUUGGUUUACAAAUUACAAACUUUUCUUCGUUGAGACCUUUCAAGAUUUGAGGAACACCGAUGCAUGUUUCGAACAUUCUAGAAUAACUCCUAGCUUACUAGAUGCUAAAUGGAUAAAACUUGCAGAAGAAGUUAUUGUUGAAACUGUAGGUUUUUCCGAGAUCUUCAAGAAAUCCUAUCCAUCAUACUCGAAAUCCCCAAAAGUAUUGUAUCCUUCAAUAGAUAUAGGCCUUUGGAGUGAACCUGGCAUCAAUAUUCAAAGAAUAGUCCCAGAUCUUCUGGAAAACACUAUUAUCUUUUUAACAAUAGGAAAAUUCAGGAGAUCAUCAAACUUUAAACUAGCUUUGGAAGCAUUUGAGAUGCUGCUAGAGAUGAUAGACGACAAUCCGGUGACCAAAAGGUUCCAACUAGUUAUUGCUGGUAACUGCAAGGCGCUAGAAGAGAAGUUUUAUUACAAUGAAAUGAUGGCUUUAGCGAAAGAAAAAAGAUGUGGGUCACAAGUAACUUUCUUGAAGCAACUACCUAUCAUCCAUGAGAAGACACUUAUCAUGGAGUCGGCUAUUAUGAUUCAUCCUGCCAAAAAUGACGUUGCUUCAGACUUUUUGUUGAAGGCUAUGAGCCUGGGUAAGCCCAUCGUGGCUACAAACAAAGGGAUAGCCUCGAAGAUGCUGACUCAUAGGCUUUCUGGUGUUAUAAUAGAGCCAGACGCCAGACUAUUUGCAGUAGCCCUGAAGAAGUUGAUGAUGAGCCCACACUUGCAGGUCUUUUUGGGUGAUAUGGCUAAAGACACGUUUGAUAAGCAAUAUUCCUUUGAGAGUUUUUGUGCAAGAGUUUGUCAUAUAAUGAAGAAAACUAUGCCAACGGACAGUAGUACAACUAUGAUAUCUGAUGUCACUGGUAAAAGUGAAUUGACGAACAAUAUUAAUUGAAUUGUAGAACACUAUAUGUGGUUGUAAGGUAUACGUAGGUUUGGUAAAAUAUAUUCUGACAUAACAA